UUUUCCGUUCUCAAUCCUCAUCGAAGAUAUUUUUAGGUUUCAAUUUUACCAAUCAAGAGUUCUAGGGUUUUGCGCAAUCACCAUGGUUCUCAAACCCUGCGUAGUCGAGACGACGAUAGAAGGAGACUCGAGCAAGCUUGAUGAGAUUGAAGAAGGCAGUGAUGCCACGAAAGUCGUCAAAAUUGAGGAGCGUAAUACUGCCGAUGAUGAUGAUAUGUUAGAGCCCCCUGAAUGGGAUGUGGACAGCUUCGAUGAUGUCGAGUACUAUUCAUCUGCUGACCCAUCCCUUUCUUCUGGUGAGGAGCUCUCGUCCGUCGAGGUGGAGGCUUUAAAAAACUACAACAUCGUUAAACGUCAGGUCAUUGACAGCAAGGGGUUUUACGUGGAUCCAGAGCUUAGGCUAAUUUAUCGCUUCAAAGGAAUCAAACAUGUAAGUUUGGACCGUCAUGCGCUUUGGGGCAAAAACUUUCGUGAGUACUGGGGAGAGAUGGUACAUGUUUGUCUCCAAAAACACAACCAAGACAAGGUGUGUAAUGUGGAGUUCGUUGAAGUUGUGAGAGGUAAUUAUCGCGGAGGACCGAGAGCUAAGUCAUACAUUACGUUUAUGGCGAGGGAGACGCCGAAUGGGCCUCUUGUGGAGUAUCAAGCUAAGUGUAUGGUUACUUUGGACGGCAUCACGCAUCCCAUCCUCUGUAGACCGUCCACUACACCUACAAAGCCUUAAAAACCAAAACUAUUAUAAGGUAUUACAAUAUGGAUUUGAUAUCAGCAAGUUUUGAUUUGAUCUCGGAGUUAAGGGGAUACCAAGGUCGUAAUGUAGUUAGUCCACACAGCUGUUUUGAAUUGCUGACUUGUUCUUUUUGUUAUGGUUUGACUAAAAUUAUUGAAAUAAGACUCAGAUCAGGACGAGGGGAUAUCAUCAAUGUGGAAAUAAAAUAUGUAAUUUGUAA